AUGCGGUCAACGUAAAGGCUGAGUCGAGUCGAGAGUGUACUAUUGGAUUCGAAUCAACUCAGUUCAGAGCAUACAUAACUUACCCCUCCUUUCUUCUCCCAUUCAUUCUGCACCACUGACAAUGAUUAAGCUUUUUAAACCGUCCAAAAAAAGCCAACUCGGACCUGUACCUCCAUUUCGCUUUCUCUUCUCUUUAUCUCCUCCCUGACCCAUUUCCCAUUAUCGAACAAAUAGUAAAAAUCAUAGAAAAAAAAAAUCCUCUUUAUCAGAUUCCAUCUUCCUCGUCCACCUAACUAAUCCCCUUCGCUGCUCUUUUAGCUGAUAGAUUAAUUGAUGAAUGGAUGUGAGUCAUAUUCAGGGCCCUACUUCUCUGAUUUAGCCCGAACACAUUCAAUGUGAAUUAUUGCACUUGAAGGUUUCCUAGUACGGAUCACACUUUGAUGGUAAAAGAGUUUGCUGGGUUCGAAAGCGAGUUUCUUUCUGAAGCUGCUGAUUUCUGUCUAUUAGAAGUUCUGUCUGGUGCUCCGGUUGAAUUCUUGGAGUUUCUGAGUUUGGUGGAAUCAACAGAUCGGAUUCGGUUCUUUGAAGAGGGGUAAAUCUUGGCUCUUCUAACUCAGUUAAACAGGAUCCGGCAUCUGGUUGCUUGGUGAAGUUAUUCUAUGAGUUCCUUCUCACUGAUGGAGUGGAAUACAAAACCCCCAAUACAGUGGGACUGGGAAAACCUUAUAAUGUUUAAUGCAACAACUGAACAUCCAAAGAAGUUGAGAUUAACAGAGUGGGAGACUGAUGGGGAGAGAGGAAUUGAUUCUGGGUCUUUAUACUCUUCUGCAAGUGGUGGCUCUGGCUCUGGCUCUGGUUCUGGUUCUGGUUCUGAUUUGGGACUUGCUUCUUUAUCAAAGAGCUCAAAGUCAGCUUCCAUAAAUUCUUCAUCAAUUGGGGAAGUGAAAACAUCCAAAUUUACUUUGGAGGCCUCUGAAGCUAUUCCAGAAGAUUCCAACAAUAAGAAAGUCCUUGCAAAGGCAAAGCAAACUGGUAUUUCUUCUACCCUUGAGGCUUCAGUAGGCUCAGGUGAGCCUCUGCUAGGCUUAAAGCUAGGUAAACGGACAUACUUUGAAGAUGUUUGUGCAGGGAGCAAUGCUAAGACUUCACCAUUUUCUGUGACUCCUAGUCCUGGAACUUCUGUUUCUCCUGCAAAGAGAUCCAAAUCCAGUGGUCAGGCUUCACCAGCCCCGCGCUGUCAAGUAGAAGGCUGUAACCUUGACCUCUCAUCAGCUAAAGAUUAUCACCGGAAACAUAGAGUCUGUGAAAGUCAUUCAAAAUCCCCAAAGGUCACCGUAGCUGGUGUGGAACGCAGGUUUUGCCAGCAGUGUAGCAGGUUCCAUGGUCUGUCAGAGUUUGAUGAAAAGAAGAGAAGCUGCCGCAGGCGUCUAUCUGAUCACAAUGCAAGGCGUCGAAAGCCACAGCCUGAAUCAGUACAAUUGACUCCUGCAAGGCUGUCUUCAUCAUUAUAUGAUGAGAGGCAACAAAUGAGUCUUGUUUGGAACAGGGCCCCACUUGUUUAUUCCAGGCCUGAUGCAAAUUUGACAUGGGAAGGCACAUCCAGCUCUAAGUUCACAAUAACAAAAGAGUAUGUACCAAAGGCUGCAAAAGGUGGAGGUAUUGAUGGGCAGCUGCAUUUGCCUGGUAAUGAUCUGACAACUUCCAUUCCUAUGCAUCCUCAUCAUUCCAAGUGCUUGUUGCCAUCCAAGUCCAAGGUUGCCACAGCUGAGGUUCUCAACCAAGGUUUAGAAGAAUCAAUUCUCUCACCUAAUGUGGAUGCAACACAGGAUCUUCAUCGUGCUCUCUCUCUUCUGUCAACUAAUUCAUGGGGUUCAUGUGAGCAAAAAUCCAUUUCACAUGAGCAGCCUGCACAUACAAGUCAAGCAGGCAUGCCUCAAUCCCUGCUGCAUAAUGUGUCCCAAGGCAUGCCACUUGCCUCUUCUGAUUAUUGGAGGGCUGAACAACAGUCCACCGACUCUCGAGUUCAUUCCUUGACCACACACAAUCAUAACAGCAAUUACUUUCAAGAGCUCCAGCAGUUAAGAACCCCAUAUGAUAGUGACUUCUUCUCUAGUCAGUUGAACUGACUGCUUGAAAUUCAACGAUCAUUUUCAACAUCAUAAGUUCAUUUGUCAAGGAAGGUUUGUAUCUGGUUCAUCAUCUACCUUAGAUCAGAUAAUAUUUUCUUGGCUUCAUGCUUCACAAUUUUAACGUAAAGUAUUUGAUGACUGCUUUCAAAAAGUGGGCUGCAAUUGUGGAGGGAGAAGGGUAUAGAUUUUUUGGUUAUUACAUUGUUAAUGACGGCAAAUAAUUCAUAUAGUUGAUCCCAGCUAGUUUGGAAUGAAGGCCGAGUUGUUUAUGUAGUAUUGGCAAUAGUUCUUUGUGACACUAGAGUGACAGAUUCUUAGUUUCUUAAAUAAUACCAUGUUUCAGAAUUAGUAAGAAUCAGAUAAAUCAUUUAACGAGCAAA